UGGUGCCUCGGGCAACACGUGUAAUCAAUUACAACCCUUCGGUUUUUGACUUGCGGUUGCGGGUGAGAAAGGUUGUCCGAUUUUCCGAUGACUCAUCAGUUACUGUUCCUGUGUUACCCUCUGUUUGGCGUGUCCGAAAAUUAGAAGGAAAAAUGUGAAAAGAAGAAAACAAAAGAAUGAGGACGUCCGAGUACAUGGACAAGCAGAUUAUGGAACUUUCUCAAUCCCGAUCCGAAAAUUCCUCCGCUUUGUUGUCAAAUCCCCAAGACGACGAUGAGAACGACGACCUCUCUCCGGUAUUUCGAUUCCACCCUAUACGACCCAUUGCUUCCUCCAAUAAAGUUGAUUCUGCGGAAGCUGGGGAUUCCCAUGUUGCGGCACUGAUCGAUAGGAUGAUGACGGAGCUCAGCGAGACUCUGGUGCACGCCGUGUUGGGUCUGAGCGCGCGGCUCUCGCAGCUGGAGACCAGGACGCGCCGGCUGGAGGGUUCCAUCGAUGAUUUGAAGGACUCGGUUGAAUUCAACCACGGCAGGUCUGAUGGGAAGCUGAGAGAGCUGGAAAUUGUUCUGAGAGAGGUUCAUGGUGGUGUUCAAGAUUUAAGGGAUAAGCAAGAGAUAUCAGACGCUCAGCUACAGCUUGCGAAGCUGCAAAUGUUGAAAAACAAGCAGCAAUCGAAAAGCCAGAAUAGCUCUGUUCAAAGUAAUUCAUCUGUCCCUCAGCAAAGCCACCAACCACUUCCAAUUCCUGUUGCUUAUCAAAUUCCUACCAUAUUUUCCCAGAACCAAAUUCCCUCUCUUCCUCAGCCAGAGUCUUACUAUUCACCGCCUGUGCUUCCUCCAGAAUCUACACAUCAGCAAUACCAUAUGUCUCCAAUCACACAGUUAACCCAGCAGCCACCGCAACUACACCCACCUCUCAGCUAUGGCAAUCUCCAAGCACAUUGUCCACCUAGCUAUCUUGCACCUGCCACUGCUCCCCCCUCCCAAAAUUUUUAUUCGGGUUCUGCCCAUCAGGUGCAUGAUCAACCGAUUCAACCCUCCAGCAAUCCUUAUUCAAGGUUACCAUCUAGGCACUCACAACAACCACCUGGGCAUUCAAGUUUUUAUGGGCAUUCUUAUAGUGGAUCUCCUUCCUUCUACAGCAGUUCGACAGUGAAACCGUCGCAAGUCUCCCUGUCUCCUUCGGUUCUCAGUGGUGGAAGCAGCCACUCACAGCUGCCAACCGCCCAGAUAUUACCGCACGCACUACCUAUGGCCUCUAGUGUGGAUGGUGGAUCAGGUUCUGGUGGGACUGGAGAUGGCAUACCAACUGAUGAUGCUGUUGACAACGUUGUAGCGAUGGGAUUCCGGAGGGACUUGGUGAGAGCAACAGUGAGGAAAUUGAAGGAGACUGGGCAACCAGUGGACCUUAAUGUGGUUCUUGAUAGGCUGAUGAAUAAUGGGGAAGUGGAGCCACAGAGUGGUAGGUUUGGCAGAUGAAAUAUGGUGUUGUUGCCUGCAAUGUCUAGUUUGAUUUAGUUCUGUAAAUUAUAGUGAACCAUGUCUUGUGUAUCAAUAUAGUUUCACUGUGGGUUAUUUUUUACGCCAUGUCCUUGUUGGUUACUAUGUAAAUUAAAUUUGUUUAUGUUUUUAUA